AUGGCAGAUGAUGGAGAGUACGAGUCAACUGAACAUAUUGAAGUCAACGUCGAGGUCAACCCGGUACCUCCAAUCAUCAUCAACGCUCCAGAAACGCAAGCUUCAAAAUCACAGGAGCAUGAAGACUGGGCAAAUGCUGUGGAAACUCUUCCUCUAAUCAACCCCUCAACAAUUAAAACGAGGAAAUCAGAAAUUGAUUCGAUGCCAUCAACCAUAAGCACACCAACGCAGCUCUCAACAGGAACAAACAACCAAUUAGAGUUUCUACAGGACAGAAUUAGAGAAUUCAGCGCAAUCAACGAAGAACUGAGUGAAUUAAGAGCCUCAGAUACAACGCUGGAAGAACUCAACGGCCAAGAGGAGUAUUUAAAGGACGCCUGGAUCGAAUUUGCUGAUCGAUCGGAGGCACUGAUUGCAACACUACCUGCAGAUCACAGUUAUAUGACGGGAAAAAAUCUGGUUGGAAGAAAGCCAGACGUGUCGCCUGCGGAAAAGCUGGUGAGGCUGAAGGAGGCUCUUAAGGGACCUCCAGCUGAGCUCAUCUCAUCCUUUACUGCUACGGACGUCAACUACGAGAAGGCAUGGGACAAACUUCAACGACAUUACGAAAAUCCACGUCUCAUCGCCGGACACUUAUUCAAUAGGGUGCUCAACUUGCGACCAAUGGCUAAGGGAGAUGCCAAGGCUAUAAUCGACAACGCUCAUAUUGCUCGUGAGACGGUGGAUCAGCUGAUAAGCACCGCCGGGAUUCCCAAAGAAGAUUUGGGCGAGCAAUUUGUAUUUCACUUGCUCAAACGUUCCAUGGAGGCUGACACACGCACCACAUGGGAACAGAAGUUGGGAACGUCAACAAAUUUCGUACCUCUGCAGGAGCUCGUCAACUUCCUGGAGUCAACAGCAAGAGGCAUGACUCCAGAUGAUCAACACGACUCAACGAUCCCUCAACGGCCUAAAGAAAAACCUCAACGUGGAAAAUCACCAACUAGAGCACGUGCUUAUCAUGCCGCCGAAGCAACAAUUCAACGAAAGGAACCUCAGCAUAUUACGCCUGCUGAUUGCUGUGGGUACUGUAAAGCCAAGCACUUCAUUGGAAAGUGUCCAGUAUUCCUCAACCUCCCAACGCAGAAAAAACUGGAGCUUCUCUCAACAACACGGCUAUGCUACAACUGCUUCGGUACACACCUGGUGUCAAAAUGCAAGUGCACUAAAUCUUGCAUGAAAUGUCACCACAGGCAUCACACGUUGUUGCACAUGGAUCCAACAGACAGAGAGAGACCAUCGACAUCAACAAUCAACAGCGGUCCAGAGCAACAAUCAACGAGGGAGGAAUCAGGUCGUUCAACAUCAACUCAAUCAACUAAAUCCAAGGAGAAUUCAACAGAUUCAACGGCUAACAAGAGGAUUUACGCCCCCCUGAGUCAAGUCGAAGAAUCGACUCAACGGAAUUCGAGCAACGUAGAGGACACUAAGUUCUCUCAAAAAUCAACGGAUCAACGAUUAGUGCUCUUGGCUACGGCUAAAGCCAGGGCAUUCUCCAAAAGCGGAUUCUACACCAUCGCAAGAAUCCUCAUCGACCAAGGCUCAGAGCUUUCAUUUAUUUCGGAAAGCCUGGUUCAUCAACUUCAACUACAACGACGACAUUCAACGAUCGAACUCAUCGGAAUUGGUGGAAAACACGCAUGUUCAACGAGAGGGAUUGUGGCAAUCACGCUCCAAUCAACGAAACAGCCAUUUCAACAAGUUGAGAUCAACGCCUACAUCCUACAAAAGCUAAGUUCACGGUUACCGGCGUUCUCAUGCUCAUCUGCAUCAAUCGGAUCACUGCAGCAGCUUCAACUGGCAGAUGAGAACUACUCAACACCUGGACCUAUCAACGUAAUUAUCGGAGCUGACAACUACGGGAAAAUCAUCGGCAACGGGAUUAAAAAAUCCAACGAUGAUCAAUUAGUUGGCCAACUAACAACAUUCGGAUGGAUAAUAUCGGGUCCACUAUGCAACACAAAGUAUUCAACGAGGACUUCCUUAUCCGCGGUAAGGGGAUCUUCAAACGAACAAUUAACGGAGCUUCUACAAAGAUUUUGGGUCCAGGAAGAACCACCAAUCUCAACAAAUGCAACCAACGAGCUCACACCAGACGAAUUAGAGUGUGAAGAACACUUUCAACGCACGCAUCAACGAGACAAGUCUGGGCGCUACAUUGUGCGAUUGCCACUUCGCACAUCAACAGCAGCGCUCGGAGAAUCGAAAAGUAAAGCGCUUCGUCAACUCCAGUCGGUGAAACGAAGAUUAAGCGCUAAUCCUGACUACAGCAAACUCUACUAUGACUUUAUCAACGAAUACGAAGCACAGUAUACAACAAACAUCAGAACCAGCAACAAAUUACUACCUGCCACAUCAUGGGGUUCUGAGAGAAGAUUCACUAACUACGAAGCUUCGAGUAGUCUUCAACGGCUCCAACAAUACAUCAACGGGUAUCUCACUCAACGACAUCCUCCACGCGGGCGGAAAGCUCCAAGUGGAUGCAAUGGAUGUACUCACAUGGUUAAGACGACAUCGAAUCGUCUUCGGCACCGACAUCGUGAAGAUGUUUCGACAAAUCAACGUACACCAUGACGAUUGGAAUCUUCAACGCAUUCUUUGGAUAGACAAAAAUCAACAACUUGUGACAUAUCAACUAACAACGGUCACAUAUGGACAGAAAUGUUCUCCAUGGCUCUCUUUGAGAGUUCUUCAACAACUCGUCAACGAUGAAGGUCAACGAUU